CCCAUCGUAUUGCUCGUGAAGUACGUAAUGUUUGGCACAUUUGAGACGACAAUCACAGCGCUGGAGGUCAGGGAGGACUCCAUUCGUAUGAAACGUGUCGCCAAGAAUUGCCCGAAAACCAGAUUCCGCUCCAAUAUUAUCAUUCCGUUCACUGGUAUACAAACUCUGUUCUACUGUACCGACCCGUCCCUACCGGUGCUAUUCAUUCAAGUGACCAAUGAGUUGAGCGCUAAAUUUCGUGAGCACCUGUCCCUCGGAGACCAGUCCCCCAAUGGACUCAAAUUUGAUGUCACUUCCAAUGACUCGAGGGAACAGUAUAUUAUAAUUAUGUUGAACGAUAGGAUCAAACAAACUCUGGUCUUAAUACUGAAGUGGAUUACUGGUGACCACUGCCUGCCAAUGGAGGCGCCCGAGGGUUGGCUACUGUUGAAUAGGGCCCGCAGUAAGAGUGAUAGUCUCCGAAAUAGCAGUCAAUUCUAUCGGUCAUACUAUCCGUGUUCAUUAUCACCGGAAAUGGGUUUCGAUUUGCUGUCCAUUUGCACGGAUAGGGAUGAACUGGAAAUCCCGAUCGGAUGCAAGUGUUGCUUCUGUGGCCUACUUCUCGAGGACGGCGUCCGUCUGUCGGGUUGUGAUCACAACGCGUGCACCCAAUGUAUGACCGAAAGGGCCAAACACUCGGCCACGUGUUCGGUGGACAGACAGCCCUAUAGGCCGGACAGGUGUCGCCUACUGGUCGGCGAGAUUGAGGACUGGCUGUCGGACAUACGGGUUAAGUGUCGCCACUUUGACGGCCGAUACUGUACGGCCACCCGUUUGGCGCUCCCAGACGUGCGCCACCACGAGGACAGGUGUUUCAAUCGGUCGCGCUUUCACUUCGGCGCAGACACCCAAUCGGAUCAGUCCGCCCAUCACACCAUACUUGUGCCCAAAUACAAGUGCACCCAAUGCGGGGAACGGUCGGCCAUAGCGUGCAAUCCAUUGUCUGAUCGCAUGUGCAGUGAGUGCGGCCAUACCUCUGGCCCUCACAUACAGCCGAUGGCCGUGAACUCGACGGUUAGACCACUCGUACGACAGAUCCCGUGGUUGCAGACAUCGCAAAGACGCGAAGAGUGGCCGCAAUCGGAGUCGACGGUGAGAUCAGCUCUUCGUGAGCCGUGGGACGGGAGCGGCACUCAUAUGACUGAAGUAGGAGUGGAUGAGUCGACUGAAGAGGACGGGGAGACCGAAGACGACGACAAUAGUAUUGGUAUUCAAUGCGAACUCAAGAGUGUCGACGAACUGACCGCAAGUCUUGCCAAUUUGGACGCCAAAGAGAUGACAGUCAAAGAGUUGGGAAACGAUUUGUUUGGUUUACCAAUGAUUUUAUUCGCGGAAUACCUGCUGUUAGGCACCUAUAGGUCGGACAUCCGGGCCGUCGAGUUGAUCAACUCGGGCCUUAAAUUGUCAAACAUUGACGCAAACAGUUGUGACAAACGAAUCAAAUACCAGAUUCUGGUGCCGUUUGACGAGAUCGUAAGCGUCCGCUACUCUACCGAUCCCACACUACCGGUGCUCAUGAUUAGGCCGCACCUUGAGUUCAACACCGAAGUGAAUAAACGAUUGUUUUUGGGCGAUAACUCUCCCAAUGGUUUCAGAUUUGAUAUCAAUUCCAGCGACACGAGUGAACACAACCUCAUAGUUGUGUUGAGAGAGAAAUUGACGCAAAAGUUUGUCAGCGUUUUGGAGGUGUGCUUAAGACAGGCGGGCAAUGAAUGCGAAUGUGUGGAAAUGGAGCCCAUGGAAGGGCCACGACUACUGGUGCGGGCGUUGCACCCAUCGGCUAAUCUGGGAAAUAAUGACCAGCGGUUCCAGGACUUACUUCAUAAGAUCCAUUCAUUCAUUACAAUAAAAAAGUAAUGUUUGCCUUCAAUACAUGUUAUAAUCGGUGGUCACCAAUGGUUGCGUCCAAUCGGGAGCACCGGUAUUCUUAUCUAAAUAAUGUGCUAUUAAUAGUCUACUAG